GGAAAUUAAGGGUGAAAAAAUAAUCAAUUAUAGAGCGAUUUUAAGGGUGCCAAAUUUAAACGGGGACAGAGAUGGAGAAACUCUUUGCAACCUACCCCGUUGCCAUCACUAAGUAGGAGUAAUCUGAUGAGACAUUAAUGCGCAGCUAAUGGUUGGUGUAGGAGUUAAAGCGCUGUUUUCUAACAGCCUUGCACAACUCAUAAAUUUUUUUUUUUUUUUAAGGUUGCUGCAUCCUAUAGAUAGAACUCAUCAUUAGAUACAAUCAUCAACUUCACAAACACAAAAAAAACACACACGCACAGAGACACUCUGGAACAAAAAGGGUGAGACAGAGAGAUGGAGAGUGAAAAUGAAUGUAGUGAAUCAGCUCGAGCUUCACGUAGUUAUGUUCCCAUUUUUGGCAUUUGGUCACAUAAAUCCAUUUGUGCAACUAUCCAACAAGCUCUCCUCUCAUGGUGUCCGGGUCUCUUUCUUCUCUGCCCCCGGCAAUAUCGACCGGAUCAAGACCACCCUCAACCUCACUCCCACCACCCAAAUCAUCCCUCUCACAAUCCCACCGGUUGACGGCCUCCCUCCGGGCCUCGACAGCACUGCCGACACGACACCCUUAACCUCUGAACUCCUCAAGAUUGCUUUGGACCAAAUGCAACCCCAAAUCAAGAUCCUCUUGUCCGAACUCACACCCCAUUUUGUCUUCUACGACUUUGGACAACAAUGGCUUCCACCAUUAGCCUCUCAACUCGGCAUCAAAACCAUCUUCUUCUCCAUAUUCGGCGCUCUCUGCACCGCCUUUGUUACCAUCCCCGGAAGGCUAAGUGAUCAUGAUCAGCUCAAAACCAGCCCUACUCUUGAAGAAAUGAAGAGACCUCCACCAGGGUUCCCUCAAACCUCAGUCACCUCACUGAGAACCUUUGAAGCUCGAGACUUCCUCUAUGUUUUCAAGAGCUUCCAUGGUGGUUCUUCGGUAUAUGAUCGAGUCCUCACAUGCCUCAAAGGGUGCGAUGCCAUACUUGUCAAGUCAUGCCGUGAAAUGGAAGCACCUUACAUCGAUUUCGUGACCACCCAAUUCGAUAAGCCCGUCCUUUUGGCCGGUCCGGUCAUCCCCGAGCCACCCACCGGCAUGCUCGAGGAGAGAUGGGAUAAGUGGUUGGGUCAGUUUCCGGCGAAGUCGGUGGUUUUCUGUUCAUUUGGAAGUGAAGCAUUCCUCAAAGAUGAUCAGAUAAGAGAGCUGGUUUUAGGGUUGGAACUCACAGGUCUACCGUUCUUUAUGGUUUUGAAGUUUCCGGCCGACGUCGACGGCAGUGCGGAGUUGGACAGUGCACUGCCUGAAGGGUUUUUGGAGAGGGUGAAGGAUAGAGGUGUAGUUUAUGCAGGGUGGGUGCAGCAACAGCACAUCCUGGCGCACGUUAGCGUGGGCUGCUGCUUGUGCCAUGCAGGGCGCAGCUCAGUGAUAGAAACCCUAGUAAAUGAUUGUCAAUUGGUAAUGUUGACUAAUAAGGGGGACCAGUUCUUGAACUCUAAGCUUGUGGCUGGGGACUUGAAAGCUGGGUUGGAGGUAAAUAGGAGGGAUGAAGAUGGGUAUUUCUGUAAAGAGGAUAUUUGCAUGCCAUUGAGACAGUUGAUGGUGGAGGUUGACAAAGAACCAGGAAAAUCUGUUAGGGCUAAUCAGGAAAAAUGGAAAAUGUUUCUUUUGAACAAGGAGAUUCAGAAUAAGUUUGUCACAGAUUUGGUUAAGGGCAUGAAAACCAUGGACGGUAUGUACAACAUUUGAUUACGAGACACGACAACUAUUUGCACAAACACAAUUCUCGGAUUUGUGAGUCUACUGUAGGACCCACAAGAAUUAAAAAAUGUACUGUUUCAUAUUUUUCUUCAUAUUAUUUACAUGUACUCUAUUCUAGUAGUGGUUUUAUGUGAUUCCCCAUGUACUCUAUUCUAGUACUAUAUUUGCCA